AUGACUCCGAAGAAGCUGCUGUGUCGGAUGACGAUGGUGUUAAGUGACACUGCUCUUGCCCCAGACUCCGAGGUCAAGGUUGAUUCAAAGCUUUCCAUAUCUACUAAACCCGGUGUGCGCACGAAAUACGACCGAAUGUUUGAGCGCAAAAAUCAAAAUAUUCUUUCUGCGCACUACUCGAAAUUGAUUGAUCAUGGCGACGCGGUUGAUGACGAUGAAGACUUCAUCACGCUCAAGCGCUCAAAUCAUGACUUAUCUGACACUGAUGCAAACCCGGAGAUAGACAACCUUUCGAAGAGGAAGCUCAAGCUGUCCAGAACGAAACGCGCAGUUGCUAAAUAUGGCCAAUUGGGACAUAAAAUUCUACAAAGGGGGUCUGGAAGGGGCGAAGAAGCUGGAAAGGCCUUUGUGGAAGGGGAGAAGGACAAGCUGAAGGGUGCAGAUGUGGUUGAUAAAAUGGAAGCUAAGGACAAAAAACGCGAAAAGAAACGCAAGCGCAAGGAUCGCGAGAAUGGUGUUGAUCGCGAUGAUGUCCAUGGGGGAGCUAUUGCGGAACUUGCACCCUCUGCUGAGGACGGAAUGGAUGUGCAGGACACGUCGCCGCCGCCACUCAAGCGGAGUAAACGUUCAACUUCAACCAAAACAUAUUCUAGUGGCCUUGAAGACGAGGAAGAGCUUGCACUUCGGCUGCUAAGUAAUCGCAGAUAG